AUGAUGGAUUAUCAAAACAACAACAACAACAACAACAACAGUGAUGAUGAUAAUGAUGAUGACAUCUAUCGCGAUCUUGAGUGUUCUGCAAACUUCUCGCAGUUGUGUGGACGCCCAUCGCUGCGAUUAACACCACCGCCCCCAACUCCUCUCAAAUCACACAACACUAAUCUCAACAGAGGACCCAAACAACAACACUAUCAAUAUCAUCAACAAUUCCCCAUCACCCGUCAGCAACUACGCCGUCAACGUGCAGUGGGGAAUGCACAAACCGCACCCACAUCACCCGUCUGGCCGAGAAGUAAUAAAACUUCUUCUUCUUCAUCAAUAUUAUUAUUCCAACAACAACAACAACAAGAGGAACAACAACAACAACAACGAGCAUUAACACCAGCCCCAACACCAACACGUUUACUUCCCAAUGCGAUGAUGAGAGAAGAAACUAACACUACUACUACUACUACUGCUAAUAUUAACCCUAUAAGGAAGAAGAAGCACAAUCACCACAACUACAAUGAGGAUGAAAAUAACAGUGAAGAGAAUUGUAUUGUCGCAUUUCGCAGAAAUUAUGAUGUGGAGGAUGAUGGGGAAGUAAGUGUAAUGCAAAGCAGUCGUUAUGUUUCCUUCUCAUUUACAAGUGCACUCACAUCACGGCGGCCAUCAGAGAGUCGCCCAGCAACACCGUCGCCAAAGCCACGGGCCGCUAUUAUGCCAUCCAACUUCCCAGACCUUCACUUCUCAGAUGAUGAGAAUGAAAAUAAAGAUGAGAAUAAAGAGAAGGAAGAUGAUGAGAAUAAAGAGAAAGAGGAAGAGAAAGAGCGAAAUGAAGAUAAACGGGAAAACAAUGAGGAUAUGAAUCCUCCAUUGUGUUGUACACCAACAUCUACGAUAGCCCUCUCGAGAUCUUUAUCUACAUCCGAUAAGAUGUCUACACGCCUACGUGAAGAGAAGGAAACUCUUGUUGAGAUUGUUGGAGUUGUUGAGUGUAGUAAUGCUGAAGAAGAUGUGAAAGAAUAUCAGAGGAAUGAUGUACAGACUAUCGGUACAUUUCCUCUUUCUUAUGGCGAGGCUCCUACAAUAAUGAAAACACAUAUGACUGUUAAUCCUUCUUCUUCCUCUUCUUCUAUGGAGAGAAAAGAACCGCCACUGCGAGGAAAUGGAGUAAAGCGGGAACGAUCUCAUCCCUCCUCACACCAGUCAACAUCUUUUAUACUCUGCGGUCGAGACUCCACUUCUUCUCCUCCCAUUGUGCCUGCUAUUAUGAAGGAUGGCAAUCAUCCUCAUAAUAAUAAUAAUAAUAAUAAUAAUAAUAAUAAUAAUAAUAAUAUUAAUGAUGGAUAUUGUGUAGAAGAGGUGGAGGAAAGUCCAAAGAGAGAUGAAGUUAAACGUCUCAAGGCCGAGUCCACUUCUCAACAGCAGCAACAACAACAACAAGAGGAAGAAGAUGAAGAAGAAAAGAAAAAAGAAGAACAAUCAUGCAUACGGAGAUCAACAGAUCUAGAACCAGAAGAGGAGAAGAGUGUUGCGUACAGUCUCUGUAUAGAUAACACACUGCCGAUGGGAAUAACAAAAGAAAAUGGAGGGUCGCUGGUGUUGGUGAGUGGUCCAACCCCAACACCGUGGCGCCAACGUCCUCUCAUCCCCGCAAUAACGGAAGAAACAAAAGUGGAAGAAAAAGAAGAGGAACCGCACAGUUCAAUGGUGAUUGAUGUUCGCUGCAGUGAUGCGAUGGUCUCUCCACGGAGACUUUUUACAGAUACUUCUAUUGAUAAUAAUAUGGAAAUAAAAGCAAACAACAACAACAACAACAACAACUGUCUGGUUACUUCUCAGGGGAAUCCAUGUACGGAAAAGGAUGAGGGAGCAGCCAACACUAUAGAGAUGGGAAUUGCGUUGAAUACAGUAACACCUAACACUGCCUCCUCUUUCUUAUUAUUAGAUGGUAAUGAAGAAGAAGAAGAGGAAAAGGAAAAAGAAAAAGAAGAAGAACAGGAAAAGAGUAUUAUGAUGACAACAACUCCACAUCGUCCAAGUGAAGAUUUAAUUGCGUUGAUUGAAGCUGCAAGAGAAGAGGUGCGGCGGGCGAGUGAGCGGCUCAUGGCGGCUAUUGAAGAUGCACAUCGUAGUCAUCAUGGAUCCUCAAUGAGGAGGAGUGUGAACCAUCAUGAGAAUGAGGAAGGUGAGAGUCAUUUAUAUUCACAUGAGGGGAUAGAUAGAUCUUGGCAGUUAAGCAUGGGCGGCUGCUCUACAGAAGAGACUAAUAAUAAUAAUAAUAAUAAUAAUAAUAAUAUUANUAAUAAUAAUAAUAAUAAUAAUAAUAAUAAUAAUAAUAAUAAUAAUAUUAAUAAUAAUAAUGUAUGGGAUCCGCCAAAGAAUGCCGUUCUCCGCUCUUUAUUGGCGAAGAAUGCCGAUCGCAUUGCACUUCGACUGCGUGGAUAUGAUCGCAGAGAUGCGGGUACACUUCCAAUGCAUGUAGUGACACGUGUAGUAUUGCAGUUGAUCCUAUUAAACUCUUCUUCUUCUUCUUCUUCUUCUUCUUCUUCCACUUUAUUAUUAUCAUCAUCAUCAUCUGAUGCUGCUGUUACUAUUGAUAAAACCCCACAACGUAUAAAUGAGAUGCUGUGGGGUUCUCUUCCAUCCUCUCCACUCUCACCGCUCUGCGGCAGUACACAUGAGAAGAAAACAAUCAAACAACAACAAGAAGAGACACGUGCGGUGGAGGAAAGUGUGAUGCGACUUUAUUUGAGUUUAUGGAGUUGUUUCCGAGAGUGCUUUGGUGAGCGAUAUGCGGCUAAACACCUCGGUUUAUUAGAAAACACAACCACCAUUGAUAACAACAAGGAUAAGAAGAAGAAUAGUGAUAAUAGUAAUAGUGGUAAUGGUAAUGGUAGUAGUUAUUCAAAUCGAAUGAUGACAUCUUUCCCGCGUCUUUAUCAACAAUUGUAUAAUGCGGGACAACAUACAGCAGCAAUGCCACCAUUAGAUGUUCUUGUGGAUUACAAGAGAUUUGCUUCCAGUCUUUCUGAGCUUUAA